AAUUUUGCCAUACCUUUCUUCACAGCUUCCUGUUAUGGGAGGAGCCUUUAUGGACUCACCCAAUGAGGACUUUAGUACAGAGUACUCCUUGUUUAACUCAUCAGCCAACGUCCAUGCAGCUUCUUCCACGCAGAAUCCACCAGAGGAGACAUCCCGUUCUUCAAAUGAUGCCAUAUUGCUAUGGAUUGCAAUAAUAGCAACAAUUGGAAAUAUUGUGGUUGUGGGAGUGGUGUAUGCCUUCACUUUCUAGGAUGACUGUCACUCCAAACACUGGAAGAGACGAUAACUGCGACAGUAUUUGUUAUGUGUAUGUAUGUAUUUGUGUGUAUAUACAUGUAUAUCUAUAUAAAUACAUUUACGUAGGGACUUUGUUGAUUAAGUGCUGCCACAAUUGUGGAAAUUAAAUGCAAGUCAAUCAUCUUGAAUCUUGAAUCAGAAAGUUUGGAUGUAAUUGAAAAUUUUAUGAAGGUGAGAGCUCUAAGUGAGAAAAGAGCCAAUACCAGUUUUGUAUAGAAAUGUAAUAAAAGAGAGACCAACAUGGGUAUAGUAAAUACAAGGAGAAAGUGAGAUUUAUAUAGAAAGUGCUUAUUUUCUACUGGUUAGAUUUUUCUAGCAGCUCUUCUGCAUUUUGUCAGCUUUUUUGUGCGUUUUUUACUGUGCUAUAAUGUUGUAUGAAAUUGUUCUGUAAUGUUUGCUGGACAUCUUAGUUUUCCAGAUGGACUAAAUGGCCAGCAUUGGCUCAGUUUUGAUGAAGAACAAAUUCAUCAUGUGUGAGUCUUCAGCACGUGCAUACACUGCUGGGCUGUGUUCAACAUCAUGAGUCUUAAAGCCAAGACAGGCAGAUCCAUCCUAUCUAACACUUGCCUUCCAGUAUCAAUUACUGGAUCUGAUAGUCUAUGAAUUGAUGCUAAACCUAUCUGCUGUUUGCAGGCGGAGGCACAGCUAUUGCAAGGCGUGGCUGGUCUGCACACCCUCUGCACUCCAGAGGAGGACAUGUUAAACAGAGCAGCAGCAAAAGCUCCCAUUUCUGUCCAGAGGUACAGGAUUGCAGUGGUUUGUAGGUGUGUCCAUUCCAGGAAACAAAGGCCAAAUUCCAUGCUUUUCAGCUCAUUUCACUGUAAUCCAGACUUACCACAGUGGUCAUGUACUUUCGUAAGUUUAUGGGUGUAUCAAAAGAAUGUGGGGAAAUUAUGAAGGCCAAUUAACAGCAAAUGAUGUCUAUGAGGAAAAUAGCAUUCAAAUAUUGGACACUUCUGUGCUCAUGAGAGAGUGCAAGAGUCAGGUAUGGCCUGGGGUAGAAGCAGCACAAAAAAGGUAGUAAAUGACAGAUAAACAAGUGCUUAUAUUUCAGUAUUAAUAUGUCUCUCUGUUCUGAUGAGGCUCCUGGAAGUGAUUUUCAUAUAGCUUGCUUUAGGUAACAACUCUGAUGAUCAUUUAGAUUUGUUCUGUUGAGGGACAACAUUUUCACUUCAUUGUUCCCAUGAGCAGUUCCUUUUCAAGAGCUGUAUUUUUUCAAAAUAAACUGUAGCCUUCCUUGUUUCAGAGAUUAUAAAAUCUUGAGGGAAAAAAAAAAAACCUCUCUUGGAAAUCUCCCUCUUCCCCCUUAAAAAAUAAACACAAAGACAUAAAAUGUCUGCACUUUGAGAGCAGCAGACAAAUUCUUCCUCUCUCUGCAUGUACUGUAUAGGUUUUCUGUCUCAUGCAGCUACUACCCUAAUUCCAGAAAGACUUCUCUGCAGGAACAAAGACUGUUUUUGAUGCUUGCCUGCCACUGAGCUUGAGGCUGGACUAAGAGCUGCCGAAUGUACAGAGAGGUUAGGAUUAUCUUUUCUCUUCAAAAACAUUGUCCUGCAGGGCUGGUGGACAGUUACUUGAAUCAAAGCAGCAUACCCCAAAUCAGUAUUUAUAACCACUCAGUAGUCACUGAAUAUAUUUUUUUUCCCUCUCUAUGAACUGGCAUUUAAAGUUGGGAAGGGUGCAAACAGCUAGCAGGGGAGAGAAAAAAAACUAAGUUAAUUUGAGGAUGAGAAAAACAAUGACAACUCACUUGAGGAACUGAGCUUCUGUGUGUGUAGUUAUUUCCCUGUUUGGAAGAAGAAUUUUGUGAAGAUGGUUGAGGACAGACAAGAUCUGUGCUGGGAAAAAAGUUUGAGAAGCACAGUUCUGGAAGAUCAGCAGGAGAGAAAGCAAAUUCUAUGUAAUAAAAUAGCUGUAGUCUUAAGAAUGGUAGAAAAAUGAUGAUUUUCACUGUCCUAAGAUAGCUAUUUGUUCCUUCAUAGGCAGAGGAUAAUAAAAAGCAGGGGAGCUGCAUAAAUUGUGUACUUCUCCUGUUCUUAUACUCCUCCUUAUUCUCACUGAGCAGAAAGCAAACUGUUGAGUGAGGUUGGAAGGCUGCAGAGAAGUUUCCAGUGCAGAAUUAAGCAGGAUAAGAUGUGGUGUAAAAACAUGUAUAAUAGGAUCCAUGUAAAUGUUGCUUAAUGUAAUGUACUGUCCCCAACCAUUUCCUGAUACUCUGUUGACUUUGUAAUUGUAUCAAUUACUCAUGGACUUUUCUUUAGUGUUUCUGUAGGCUUAGUUAGGCCAGAUCUUGCAAGCACUGUUUUUGUGUGAAAUGCAAAACAUUUCCACCAUGAUUACAACCAGUUUGACACUAUAGUACUCACCCAUUACUGCUUAAUGAAUUUGCCAGUGCAGUACUUUGUUUAAAUUUCCUAGAAUAUUAGUCUUAGUUCAGUUAGCAAUGUUUGCAUCUCUCUACCAAAGCACUGGACUAAAUUCACCACCCAUGAAGAGCAUUAGAGCAGGAACAGCAAAGAACCACCACUCUGCUAAUGAAACCGAGUGACACUUUUAUGUUGCUUUUCCCAAAGAAAUUGCCCUACUUUCAUGUGAAACUGAUAGUAAUAGCAGGAGCGUUGGAAAACAACGAGUUCUGCCUCUCUUGUCCAGAUCAUUCUCAUACAUAUUUUCAUCAUUACAGGCUGAGUUGUGAAGAAGGACCAGACAGUACUUUAAUUAAAGUAAUUGGCUUGAUGUGGGUGGCAUGGCAAACUGGGUGCAGGCAGCGAGUGCAGGCAUUUCCUGUCUCGCAGUUAAACUGCACACUAACUGUGCAGCUUUUCUGUUGAGAAAAAGUAGCUUUAGGAUGCAGAUGCAAGAAUACUCAUGCAACAGUCUGUGCAGAAUAUUGUCAGGUGUUUAAAGAUCCCUAAAUCACAGUGAGCAGAGCUGGUUCAAACUCUGAUGGUAACAUGCACAGUAUAUUUCCGGGUGUUGUGUUCUGGCUUCAUCCACUACAACAACUUCCAUCUUCUGGGAGGUUAGAGAAGGUUUAAAUUCACCAUUG